UUAAGUUAUGUCGCCGUGAAAGCUUCAAAUCAAAGUAUUCAAACUUCCGACCAAUAGUAAUCACUUAUUCGUGGCGCCAAGGAAGAACAAUAAUGGAUACUAGUAUCCCAAGCUUGGAAGCAUCUCGUGACACUGUCAAAGUAUUUGGUUCCAGUAACGGAGCAGAGGGUAGUGUGGACAUAGCGAUCAGAGACCUAGCCAUCAACUUCCAGGCAGAGAUGUCACAACAGGUCAAGAAGUUUGCAGGUGAGGUGGAAGCAGCUGCCCUGCAAGAGAAUGGGAGCCAUUUGCACUCUGUAGGGCACAGGGACAUGCAGCUACAGAAGACAGAGCUCAUAAUACAGAUUCAGUCGAUGGCUGCGUUUAUAACAAAUAAGCUGCAUGAACACCAGCUGAUGGAGAAACUGGACCCCGUGCCAUCUGCUUCACACUGCCAAUAAGUGCACACAGAUUCCCAGUGUCAUAUCAACCUGAAACGAUUUUCCUGUAAAACAAGUUGUGAUACAAAAUAUUUGAAACGGGUAGACUCAGCUCUACCAACGCGUAAUCCGUGUGCCUUCAUAACAUGCAUUUAAACCUCAAGAUGAGGUAAAAUGAAAAAUUUGAAAUUUUAUUUUGAUCAAGUUGAGAAACAGUAACUGAAAACUAAUACUGAAUAUCAUGACUAGAAAAUGUAUUUAUAUUCACUGAUGUGCCUUAUGUCAUGUUUCAAGACAAACAAUAAAACUGCUUCUACUGGAA